AUGGCUAAGAAUAGAACCCUGAGGUACACCGAAAGUAAGAGUAGAAGAAUUAGAAGUAAAAUUAUUGAGAACAACAGAAAAAAAAACGAUUACAGAGAUAAGAACAAAACCAAGAUAGACAAGAAUCACGGUGAGGUGGCCCAUGGACUCCAAAAUAGUAAAACUACGGAUGUCAUGGAUGGCCCUAACCAAAUUCGCGUUCACACUGAAAUGAAAUUGAAUUUAGUAGAGUCAGAAAUCAAAUGGUGGCUCUGUCUGGCGGCAUAUAGCUUCCAGAUAGACGAACUGGCGACGGAAAUGAAAGCUCCAAAAAGACUGUUGCUUGAAGAGACACGAUUAGACUGA